AUGGCCGCCAUCGCCAGACAGCCUUUUGCCCCUCUCGAUGGUGCUCGCCUGCUGAGUCUUGCCAGCUCCAAGAACUGCCAGAAUGUUUCCUCCUCCGUCGGCAAGCGCAAGGCCGACUUGCUCGAGAAAAGCGACUGGGAAAACGUCACCCCAGUCGUUUUUGUCAAGCGCGCCAAGGGCGCCUCCUCUUCGGGGAGCAUUGCGAAGCCUUCGGGCUUCGCAUUCGAUGCACACUUCUCGUCGGCCGCAUUGCCCGACGUUCUGUCCACGUCGAGACCUGCCAAGGUCUCCAACCCCCGCCAAACGCUGCAGCCGAAAUCGCAGCUGGCGAGGCUCCGCGGCAGCACCGCUGCCCCCAAGCCGGCCCUCGUGGCCAACCCUCCGGCGGGCCGAUCGCCCGCUGGAAAGCGCGGCGGGCUGCUCUCCAGCAGCCGCCGCCAACACCCCGCCGCCAGCGGUCCUCUGGCCGCUCGCCUGGACCGCCUGGUCAACUCUGCUGCUGGUUCCGCCAAGUCGGCAAAGCCCUGGACCGUCGAUGGUGCCCUGAAGAGCACCAUCAAGCCGGCCCCCCGCCACGGCAAGAACAAGAGCCGUCUCAGCCGUGGCUCCAACAACAUCGGCUCCAAGGCAGCAUCGUGGUUCUUUGAGAUCCACGAGGACUCCCCGGAGCAGGAAAUGACCAACCUGCUCCAGCACAGCACCUGCGUGCUCGACAUCUCCUCAGAUGAGGAGACGGGAGCCAAGGCAGAGCGCGACCGUGAAGCCGGUUGCGACAAAGAGAACGUGGCGCCAGCCGGGCACAUCGCCGCCCAGGCGCCCCCAUCCAGCCCCCCCAGCGCGACCGGGCUCGAGGAGCGCAGCCCGCUAGGCGAGCUCAACCCUCGGGACUUCUACGCGGAGGGUUGCGACGAGAUCUCUGUCUUCCUCAUCGACGAGGACGAGGAGACAGAGGUCGAAGACAACGACUCGGCCCUAGCGGGCUUCCAGUUUGCGCCGAAACUCGGCGAGACGGCUCUCGAAACAGUGUUCGAGAGCCUAGACGAGCUGGUGGAGAAGCCCGCUGAGGGCACCACCAAAAAGGCUGCCGCAGUCCUCGCGCCCAUCGAGGGCGCAGAGGAGAGCUUCGAGCUCUGGGAAAGCGGCAGCGCAAAGGAUGAGGCAUGA